AUGAAUCGAUCCCAAAUCGGCAACACCUAUUCUACAAUUUGCUCAAAACUCUGCGCAGUGCGAUGGUUCCAUCGCAAACACCGCUGGCUUUCAAGUUCCUGGACGAGGACGAGCGGCCGGUGUCUCCUAGAGAUGCCAAAGUGGUGGGAAUAA